CAGCAAACUGAUGGGCGCGCGACUACCUGUGCCACUGUCGAGAAUUCCCCUAAUCCCCAUACCCUCCAAGGCUAGUCAUGCUAUCGAAUUUACGUGGUCGGAGUGGACAACUGUUGCGUCACAGUAUCCAAAGAAGAUGUAGAACCGCAGCCACUAGUAGUAGUUCCAGUCUGGAGCAUGGACAGCGACAAGAUAAGACAACGUCCACAGAAACUGACAGCCUGACCAUUGGAGAUAUAACCGUACGAUUAACUAAACCGCAGCAUCCGCACUUGGUGCCACAGCAAUAUGUUCAGUACGCACCAGAUGGCACCCUCCAGCUAACACAAUCGGCAUUACACCAUCUUCGUUGGAUGCUACAGAAGGAUGCACUGAAGCAGGACAUGUUUCUUUUGGGCCAGCCCGGACCACUGCGUCGUCAGUUGGCCAUGCAGUAUUUGGAAUUAACGCAAAGGGAAGUCGAAUAUGUGGCCCUAAGUCGAGAUACAACCGAAAGUGAUCUAAAGCAGCGACGUGAAAUUCAGGACAAGGCUGCAAUCUAUCAUGAUCAGGGAGCGGUAAGAGCUGCCCUAAAUGGUCGUGUCCUGAUACUCGAUGGUGUGGAGCAUGCCGAGCGAAAUGUUUUACCCAUUUUGAACAAUUUGCUGGAGAAUCGUGAAAUGCAUUUGGAGAAUGGCAAAUUUCUAAUGGCACCCGAGCGUUAUGACAAACUUCUUGAGAGUCACACCCGCCAGCAGCUAGAGGAAUGGGGUUUGUUACGCGUCUCAGAGCAUUUUCGGGUGGUGGCUUUGGGUCUGCCAACACAUAAAUAUAAGGGAACACCUUUGGAUCCACCACUAAGAUCACGCUUUCAAUCGCGCAAUGUGGAGUCUCAGACAUUUGGUGAGCUGCAUGAUGAACUAAGCCAAGUGGGACCUCAAGUGCCUAGCGAACAGUUAAAGAAGCUUCUCACUUUUGCCUUAACACUCCAGACAGCAGAUCAAGAUCUACAUUUGACGGACUUUCCAAUGCAUAAUUUACGCCUGGGCGUUCAAAUGAUGCAAGCUAAUGCCAAUUUGAGUCUUUACGAUGUAAUCACCACCAUCUAUCCGUAUCAAUCUCUCUUGAAGCCCGAACAAAAGAAACGUUUGACAGAGCUUUUUAAGAGUCUUCAGCUUCAACAGUUGCCUGGCCAAAAUGUGCAACAAAUUUCAAGUAGCAACAGUAAAGAAAACCCAAGCGAAAUACUCAUUCAAUUGGAUGAAGUGAAAUUAUCAUUGCCUGGAGGUCAAACGCCUCAUAGUGGAUCUAGCCAGUUUGUGGAUUUGCCACAUCAGCGUCAAGCUUUAGCUUCCUUGCUGCAGUCCUAUGCCGUGGGAGAUGUCUGCCUGCUGGGCGAGAAGGGUGUGGGCAAGUUAACUUUGGCCAAGGAAUUGCUACGCCUGCUCAAUCAAACGGCAGAGCCCAUGAUGUUGUACGAAGACAUGACCUCAAGAGACUUGGUGCAACAGCGCAUCACCAGUCCAAAGGGAGAUACCAUUUGGCGAGAUUCGCCCUUGGUAAGGGCAGCCAAAACGGGCUCAGUGGUCAUAUUAAAUGGCCUCCAUCGUCUGCAUAAGAGCACGGCCACUGUGCUACAGCGGAUUAUUCAUGAUCGUGAAUUGCAAUUGUGUGAUGGUUCUACACUGCUCCGGCGUGAUCGAUAUGAAUCCCUGCUGGGGCAGGGAUUUACCCCCGAGCAAUUGACCCAGCAAGGCUUGCUGCCCAUGCAUGAGUCAUUCCGCAUUGUUGCUCUGGCCGAACCACCUCGUCAGCAGAUCAACUGGCUCACCCCCGAGAUGCUUAGCUUGUUCCUCUAUCAAGAGUUGCGUCCCCUACAUCAAAGCGAAGAACACGAGCUGCUGUCCAAGCUAUGCAAUAAUAAUUUGCCAGAAUCUAUGGACAAGAUCCUAGAGUUGGCUCAACUUUUGCGUACGUCACAUGAUCCUUUGCUUACUGCACUGGCUGGAACCCUGUCCACCAGACAACUAGUGAAAUUAAGCCGUCGUCUGAGUGCCUAUCCGUCAAGUGGUCAGAGCCAGCUCAACGAAAUGUUGCAGAACACCUUCCUAGCCAGAUUUAUGCCAGCCUUGUCGCGCGCAGCCUUGGAGCAGGCCAUGCAACAGGUGGGCAUACAUCCCAGCAGUGCGAAAAGUAGCAAGGCGAGUGAUUUCCAUCGAAAGAUCUCCAUAAACGAUGAAGUCCUUAGGAUUGGAGAGACGCAAUUGAAAUUGCCGAAAUUGAAUCAGAAUGAUCAGUCCAAAGUGCCUAGCACUUUGUUCUAUGAGAUGCCACAGCAUGUGGAGCUGUUGGAACGACUACUGCAGGAUUAUCUGAUUGGUGAGCAUUUGCUUCUGGUGGGCAAUCAGGGUGUUGGCAAGAACAAGCUGAUCGAUCGUCUGCUAGAGCUAAUGCAGCGACCACGUGAAUAUCUGCAACUGCACAGAGACACCACUGUGCAUAGCCUUACCAUGCAGUCGACAUUGAGAGAUGGCCAGGUGGUCUAUGAGGACAGUGCUCUAGUUAAGGCAGUCAAAUCGGGUCACGUCCUGGUCGUGGAUGAGGCGGACAAGGCUCCCGUCAAUGUAACCUGCAUUCUGCGUACUCUCGUGGAAAGUGGCGAAAUGGUAUUGGCCGAUGGACGACGCAUUGUGCCUCAUGGUGCCAGUUUGUCCUCUGCGGAUUGCAUUGAAACCCAUCGCGAUUUUCGUCUGAUUGUGCUAGCGAAUCGGCCAGGUUUUCCAUUUCUGGGCAAUGAUUUCUUUGCCGCUCUGGGUGAUGUUUUUAGCUGUCAUUCAAUCAACAAUCCCGAACCGGAAUCGGAAAUCUAUUUACUCCAGCAAUAUGGACCCAACGUGCCAGUGCGGACGCUGCGUAUGCUGGUCAAUGCAUUCGGUGAGCUUCGCAAUCUAGCCGAUGAGGGUCUACUCAAUUAUCCGUAUUCCACUCGUGAGGUGGUUAGCAUUGUAAAGCAUCUGGAACGCUAUCCCGACGAGAAUAUGUCAGAAUUGGUGGGCAAUGUUCUCGACUUUGAUCGUCAUCAGCCGGAGGCAUUGCAGCAGGUUACCCAAGUGCUGGCCAAACAUGGCUUACCCAUUGAGGCUUACGCCAAGGGCGAACUCCAGCUGCUGCGUCAGAAAAAGAAACUCGAGGCCUCUGUGAAUCGGCACAGUGGCCUUGGUGUAUCGGGUCCAAAGUUUGGUAAAAUCGAUCCCAAAAACGAACCUCAUGUGGGUGGAAACACUUGGGCUGGUGGCAGUGGGGGCCGUGACACAGCCGGUUUGGGUGGCAAAGGUGGUCCCUUUCGACUGGACAAGGGCCACAAAGUCCAUCAGCUAAGUGACGAGGAGAAAAACGAUAUACCCGAAGAGAUUAAGAAAGCGGCCAGGGAAAUGAAUCGUAAGGCAUUUGAGGAGAAAUUAAAAGAGAUCAAAAUGUCGUCGCAUGACCAUCAGCUCUAUGCUCAGUUUAGUGAGCCAAAUCGGAGACAAGUGCAACAGCUGAAAGCCAUUCUAGAGGCUAUGCAGACCAAAAGCAAGGAGCGCCAGUGGCAAAAAUAUCAGACACAUGGUGAUCUUGAUGACACGCGUCUUGUUGAGGGCAUUACGGGAGAGAAGAACAUCUAUAGACGGCGAGCAGAGGCAAAUCCUUGGGCGGAUCAUUUGCAAGAGAAACCCAAUCGCCUGAAACUAAUUGUCGAUGUAUCCGGCUCUAUGUACAGAUUCAAUGGCUUCGAUGGCAGACUGGACCGUCAGCUGGAAGCCGUCGUCAUGGUCAUGGAGGCUUUUGAGGGUUUCGAAAAGAAAAUUGUCUAUGAUAUUAUUGGUCAUAGCGGUGAGGGAUGGGAAAUUCCCUUUGUAAAUGCUGGAAAACCACCAAAGAAUGACAAGGAACGCUUCGAAACCAUUCGCAUGAUGCAUGCGCAUUCCCAGUUCUGUUGGUCUGGCGAUAGUACAGUGAAAGCGGCUCGUGAAGCUUGCACUACCCUGGCUGCCGAGGACGAUUAUGAGAAUGCUAUUGCUGUGAUCCUUAGCGAUGCCAAUCUAUCACGCUAUGGCAUUCCACCCAGAGAACUGGCCCUGGCCCUUAAACGUGGCGAGCCCAAAGUCAAGGGCUAUGUCAUCUUUAUUGGCAGUCUGGCCGAAGAGGCUGAUGAAAUUAAUGCUGUAAUGCCCGCUGGCCAGAGUUUUGUGUGCAUGGAUCUUACCAAGUUGCCUCAUAUUCUUAAGCAAAUUUUUACCUCGUCCUUGAUAUAGUGCAAUUCACACAGAAUAAAAUCAAAUUUAAAUAUAUGUAUAUAAGAUAUAAACUAAGUAAAAUAAUUCUGUGUUAAAAUGUCUUCCUGUUAAACAAAAAACAAAAAAAAAAAAAUUGUUAUCUAUAUAGUCUCAAUUAUGUUUGUACAUAAAAUUAGAUGAAUUUAUAUGUUAAUCAGAACCAUUUGGUAGGCAAUAAUAUAUUGUUUUUACCUUACAAUCGAACAAUGUUCAAGUCAUUCGUAGGUUUCAAUCAGGUAACCUUUGGUUUUGUGUUAGUUAAUGAUUUACCUGAUGGACGCAUGGCCUUAAACAGUUUUAACAUCAAUUUUAAUACAGAACUCUUAUUUUUUUUAAGUAUGUAUGUCAUAACUGUUUAAUACAUAUACUACAAAUCACAAAGUUAAUAUGGACUUUGUUGGUGUUUA